CACAUUUGAUACUUGAUGGUUGUACUUUGCAGUUACAUCACGUCCGACUUCAGAGCUAAUACCUUGAAAACUACGGAGAGAAAAAACUUAUCUAUCCCUUCUGCUCGAUCAUCUUCCUAGAAGAUUCACUAAAACAAGGAAAAGGGGUACUGGGUCUUGAUUACUUGUUCAGUCUGAGCAAGAAAUUUCAAGAUUUGGUGAAGAAAAGGUAGAGACCAUGGCAGUGCCAUGGGGGAUGACCCUUUGGAUGGCAAGGAUGGUGUGGUUGGCCCUGAGUGGUUGGAUCACAUCAUGCUUGACUGUUGCUGAUGAGAUCGCUGGAUCUCUUCGAACUGGUGAUAUGGGUCCUUCUCAUAUUGGGUGAUUCAAGAAUUGUACAGUGAAAUUAAGCCAAUUCUCUGGUUUGUCCUUGUGAAUUUGCUGGUUAGUGUUUGAUCUUUUUUUUUUCCCCCCUUUAAUGUAUUUAUCUCAUCUAAAUAGUUGUGUGCUUAAUGAUUUGAAUUUCAAUUAUCCGGAUGAAUAUUGGCGAUAUGCUGAGUGUUGAUGCAUAAAUGAUUCCUUCUGUUGACUUGAGGAUU